CCGCAAUUUAUCUCUAAUACAUGUACUCUUUCUUAAUUUGUUGUGUAUUUAUUGUGUAUAUUUUUAUGCAUCUUUAACUCAAAGUUUUGUUCUUUUACAUUUAUUGGUUUUUGAUUUUUUGUUCAUUUCUUCAGAAUUUUCUGUUACUUUUUUAAUAUUUUUGCUUUAAAAUUGUUCUAAACUUUUGUUUUUUUUCAGGAAAUUUUGUUGCGAAAAAUAUGUCUCAAGUAGUAACCCCAGCUUUGGAAGAAGCCGAACAGGCAAUGUAUGCUCCUUUCUUUGGAUCACUUGGAGUGACUGCUGCAAUGAUUUUUACUGCUGCUGGUUCUGCUUAUGGAACGGCUAAAUCAGGGACUGGCAUUGCCUGCAUGUCUGUUGCAAGGCCUGAUCUUGUAAUGAAAGCAAUUAUUCCAGUUGUAAUGGCAGGAAUUGUUGCCAUCUAUGGAUUAGUUGUUGCCGUUAUAAUCUCUGGAAAAUUGGGAGUUGGAGGAAAGGAAUACACUGUAAACGCCGGUUUUUCACAAUUUGCAGCUGGUUUAGUCUGUGGACUUUGUGGUUUAGGUGCUGGUUAUGCUAUUGGAAUUGUUGGUGAUUCUGGUGUUAGAGGAUUGGCACAACAACCGAGACUUUUUGUUGGGAUGAUUUUAAUGUUGAUUUUUUCGGAGGUUCUCGGCCUUUAUGGAAUGAUUGUCAGUUUAUUAUUGAGUGCUUCAUAA